CGGCGCCCGGCGGCGGCGCGAACGGCCGUGAGGAGGGUGGCUCCGGCCUCGGUGCUCACCGCGACUUCCCGCGCAGGGUCCGGCCGGACAAGGACCCGCAGCCUCGGCGGCGGUGGAGAAUGCGGUCGCGGCCCCGGGCAGCAGCCGCGGGAAGCCGGUUGCCUUGCAGGUCAGCGGUUGAGUAGCUGGGGCCCUGGACGGCUUGAAGCCUUCGCAAUGGCAGAGAAGCGGCCCCUGGGGGCCCUGGGGCCUGUGACAUAUGGCAAGCUGCCCCGCCUCGAGGCCGACUCCGGGCCCGGGCACAGCCUGCCCCCCUCUGCUGGUGCCCAGGACCCCUGCAGCUACAAGGGUGCCUACUUCUCCUGCCCCAUGGGGGGUCCUCCUAAGACAGGGUCUGAGCGGUUGUCAUCCUGGACCCCAUACCCAUCCUUGUACCCUACCAGCAUGGCAGGACCCCCACUUCGGGCAGACAGCCUGCUGACCAGCUGCCUGCUCUACCGCCCACCCACAGAAAGCGCCGAGAAAGCACAGGACUCUGGCCCUGUUGAUCUCUUGCCCUUCAGCCCCCAGGGCCAUCCCUACCCGGGCCCCCCACUGGCGGCACCCAAACCUGUCUACCGCAAUCCUCUGUGUUAUGGGCUCUCGACUUGCCUGGGGGAAGGGUCAGCGAAGAGGCCACUGGAUGUUGAUUGGACGCUGGUGACUGGAUCCCUGUUACCCCCGGCCGACCCAUCUUGUUCUCUGCCCCCAGCUCCUGCCAAGGGCCAGUCCCUGGAUGGCACCUUCUUGCGUGGGGUGCCAGUUGGGGGAUCUGGCAAAGACUCCUCGGUGAGCUUCUCCCCGUGCCAGACAUUCUUGGAGAAGUAUCGGACCACACACAGCACGGGCUUCCUGGCCUCCAAGUAUGCAGGUCCUUACUCUGGGGACCCCAAGCCGGCAUUGUCUGAGGGGUCCCCCAGUCCUUGGACCCAGCUGGCCCAACCCCUGGGACCAGCCUGCCAGGAUGCGGUGCCCACCCACUAUCCACUGCCCCACCCUGCACAGUCUCUGCCUUGCCCUCCAGCCUGUCGCCACCCGGAGAAGCAGGUCAGCUAUGGCUCAGUGCUUCCCCUGCAGCCUCUGGGAGCCCACAAGGGGGCCGGAUACCUGGCUGGUGGGCUGAGCAGCCCCUACCUGAGGCAGCAGUCAGUCCAGACACCUUAUAUGCCCCCAGUGGGGUUGGAUUCAUAUUCCUACCCCUCUGCCCCACUCCCAGCACCCUCUCCAGGCCUCAAGCUGGAGCCACCUCUUGCCCCACGCUGCCCACUGGACUUUGCCUCUCAGACGCUGGGCUUUCCUUAUGCCCGGGACGACCUCUCUCUCUACGGAGCAUCCCCAGGGCUCGGAGGGACGCCACCUGCCCAGAACAGUUUGCAGGCCAUGCCACAGCCCAGUGCCUUCCAGAGGGCGUGCCAGCCUCUGUCUGCCAGCCAGCUGUGCUCUGAGCCCGUGAGGCCUGCAGAGAAGCCCGUGCGGGAAGUCGAGAAGAUGUGGCUGCCCAGCUGCAGGAAAGAGCAACUCCAGCCCCAGCUCGAUGAGCACCCGGGGGCACCCAUUGUCAUUGGAGACAGUCCAAUUCCCCGCACCCCACCGGCGCUCCCACCCUGUGCCCAGGGGCGCCAGUCUCUGCCACCGGAUGAGGGCACGUUGCCACCUAGCUCUCCACCGAUGCCUAUUAUCGAUAAUGUCUUCAGCCUGGCCCCCUACCGUGACUAUCUGGAUGUGCAGGCGCCUGAGGCCACAGCUGAGCCUGAGCCUGAGCCUGCCCCAGCCUCCACUCCCACUCCUACUGAGAACCACGACAAAGACUGCAGGGGGUCCCUGCCUGCCCAGGAAGCCCCCUUGAGGGUGCACUCCUCACUUAAGGAGGAGGUGGCACUGGACUUGAGUGUGAAGAAGACUGUGGCAGAGGCUCCUCCCGUCCAGGUCCCUCGCCCUACCAAGCCCACCGCAGCCGAGGAUGCAUCGGGCAUUGGAAACACAGUCUCAGGCGUGUCAGGUGUAGGGGACACGGUCUCAGAUCUGGAGGGCCUGAAAAAGAUAGUCACAGAGGCACCAGAGCUGCCCGGGGUGCCAGUGACCUCAGAAGCCACCCCAAGGACCAACUUCCACAGCUCCGUGGCUUUCAUGUUUCGAAAAUUCAAGAUCCUUCGGCCAGCCCCCUUGCCUGCAGCCGUGGUCCCAGCCGUGCCCACCUCGGCCCCUGCCCCUGCACAGCCUGCACCCACCCCUACACCCGUGCCCUCUGGACUACAGAUUCUCACGCAGCCCUUGCCCAUGGCCUGCUUCAACCUGGCACUGCCCAGCCCUCCAGCUGUAGCCAUGGCCUCUCCCACCUCAGCCCCUGCUCUGACUCCAUCGCCUGCACCUGCGCUGGUUCCAGCUCCGGCUCCUGCUCCAGUCGCAGGCCCUGCUCCAGCUUCUACUCCCAUCAUAGCAGACUCCUCAGAGCAACACUUCGCAGGACUGCACGCCUCCCUGUGUGACGCCAUCUCAGGCUCAGUGGCUCACUCCCCACCUGAGAAACUGCGCGAGUGGCUUGAGAUGUCUGGACCUUGGGGCCGGGCAGCAUGGCAGGACUGCCAGGGUGUGCAGGGGCUGCUGGGCAAGCUGCUGUCCCAGCUGCAGAGCUUUGUGUGCACGCAGCGGUGCCCCUUCCCCCAUGUGGUGCGGGCCGGGGCCAUCUUCGUGCCCAUCCACCUGGUGAAGGAGCGGCUCUUCCCGCGGCUGCCCCCCGCUUCCGUGGACCAUGUGCUGCAGGAGCACCGUGUGGAGCUGCGGCCCACCACGCUGUCGGAGGAGCGCGCCCUGCGGGAGCGCGCGCUGCACGGCUGCACUUCACGCAUGCUCAAGUUGCUGGCACUGCGCCAGCUGCCUGACAUCUACCCCGACCUGCUGGGCCUGCAGUGGCGGGACUGCGUCCGCCGCCAGCUGGGUGACUUUGACACUGAGGCUGGAUCUGUGGCCUCCUCACAACCCACCGUGGCCAGAGAGGAGCCAGACAGCCUAGCCCUGGCUUGGAAGUCGCCUGCCCCCAAGGCCAAAAAGCCCGGGAGGAAGCCACCAACCCCUGGCCCUGAGAAAGCAGAGGCAACCACUAGGGGAGGGUCCCCUGGCACCUCACCCACCCCUGCUGCCAGCGCCAGCCCCCCCAGCCCAACGCUGAGGGCACGCUUCCGCAGCCUGCUGGAAUCCGCCUGGCUCAAUGGCCUGGCCCUGCCCACUUGGGGCCACAAGGUCCCAGGACCGGACCGGACCGCGCCCUGCCCACAGCUGCUGGGCGGCCAGAGCCAUCACCUGUAGCCUUGGUUGCCACUGCUGUCUGGAGAUCCGGGGGUCAUUCUCUGUACCCCUCCCUUCUGCUGGUCCAGCUGCUGAGGGCCAGGAGUGGGCAUGGCCUUGGGGUUUCUCCAGCUCUCACCCCGCCCCCCGCCCCA